AUGACGUCGGCUUGCUGUCCCGUGGGCUCUCUGCCCUACCUCGCGGCCACACACACCGCCACCGGCCGCGUCGUCGACCUGGGCGCCGUCGAGCUGUACGCAAACACGGCAGCAUCGAGCACAAACGGCAUCCUCAUCUGCCCAGACGUGUGGGGGUGGAACGGCGGCCGCGUCCGCGCCAUCGCCGACGGCCUCUCAGAGCAGGGCUACAAGGUGGCGGUCGGCAAGUUUCUGGCGCCGGCGCUGGAUGGUGGCACCGACGGAGAUGCUCUGCCUCCCGACGGCGACUUCAGCAUGGACUGGAUCAAGCAGUUUCCGUGGGAGACGCAGCGGCCCAAGGUAGAGGCGGGAGCCGCGGCGUAG